GACGUCACAACAUGGCGGACAGCCAUGCACGCUUCGUAGUUUGAACGUCUGCGUCGAGCUUUUCUUCCAAUUUGCAAAGAACGCGAACUUCUUUUCAGGCUUUCAUCUGCAGUGAAACCGUCAGCAUGGCGGCGUGGGGCCAACCCGCCGUUGCAGGGUUACCAGCUGAAAUAACAGAAGACAAACUACAGGAAAAAGCUCGAAAAUGGCAACAACUCCAGUCAAAAAGGUACAGCGAAAAGAGAAAGUUUGGAUUUGUGGAAGCACAGAAAGAAGACAUGCCUCCAGAGCAUGUCAGAAAGAUCAUUCGAGAUCAUGGUGACAUGUCCAGCAGGAAAUAUCGGCAUGAUAAGCGAGUAUACUUAGGUGCACUGAAAUACAUGCCUCAUGCAGUGCUGAAGUUACUCGAGAACAUGCCCAUGCCAUGGGAGCAGAUUCGAGAUGUGAAGGUUCUUUAUCACAUCACAGGAGCCAUCACAUUUGUGAAUGAGAUUCCAUGGGUUGUGGAACCUGUCUAUUUGGCCCAGUGGGGCACCAUGUGGAUCAUGAUGCGUCGUGAGAAGAGAGACAGGAGGCAUUUCAAGAGAAUGAGGUUUCCCCCAUUUGAUGAUGAGGAACCUCCUCUGGAUUACGCUGAUAACAUCCUGGAUGUUGAACCUCUUGAGCCGAUCCAGAUGGAGUUGGAUCCUGAAGAAGAUGGAAGCGUUUAUGAGUGGUUUUAUGAACACAAUCCCCUGGUAGAUACCAAAAUGGUCAAUGGAUCUUCAUACAGAAAAUGGAAUAUUACACUGCCAAUCAUGUCUACACUUUAUCGUCUGGGAAACCAACUUCUGACAGAUCUUGUAGAUAAAAACUACUUUUACUUGUAUGAUCUGAAGGCAUUUUUCACAGCUAAAGCAUUGAAUGUUGCCAUUCCUGGAGGACCAAAAUUUGAGCCUUUGGUGCGAGAUGUCAAUGUCCACGACGAAGACUGGAAUGAAUUUAAUGACAUAAACAAGAUCAUCAUUCGGCAGCCCGUGAGGACAGAGUACAGAAUUGCAUUCCCUUAUCUGUUCAACAGUUUGCCAUACAAAGUGCAUCUACCCUGGUAUCACCAUCCAUCAGUUGUUUACAUUAAAACAGAGGACCCGGAUCUACCAGCAUUUUACUUUGACCCUCUUGUCAAUCCAAUUGCCCACAGACAUGCUGUCAAGACAACAGAACCCCAGCCUGAUGAUGAUGAAGAUUUUGAACUGCCUGAAGAUAUUCAGCCAUUCUUGCAAGAUACACCACUGUACACAGAUAACACAGCAAAUGGUAUUGCUUUGCUCUGGGCUCCCAGACCGUUCUGUUUAAGAUCUGCCAGGACACGCCGAGCCAUCGAUAUACCAUUGGUGAAGACUUGGUAUCGUGAACACUGUCCAUCUGCUCACCCAGUUAAGGUGCGAGUGUCGUAUCAAAAGCUUCUUAAGUGCUACGUUUUGAAUGCACUGAAACACAGACCACCUAAAGCACAAAAGAAAAGAUAUCUGUUCCGAUCCUUCAAAGCGACAAAGUUCUUUCAAACGACAACUCUUGAUUGGGUGGAAGUGGGUCUCCAAGUGUGCCGGCAAGGCUACAACAUGCUGAAUCUACUGAUCCACAGAAAGAACUUGAACUACCUUCAUUUGGAUUACAAUUUCAAUCUGAAACCAGUCAAAACUCUUACCACAAAGGAAAGAAAGAAGUCCAGAUUUGGAAAUGCUUUCCAUCUUUGUCGGGAGAUUCUGCGACUCACAAAGCUGGUUGUAGAUUCCCAUGUGCAGUACAGACUGGGUAAUGUAGACAGUUUUCAGCUGGCUGAUGGUCUUCAGUACACCUUUGCUCAUGUUGGUCAGCUGACUGGAAUGUACAGAUACAAGUACAAGCUUAUGAGACAAAUCAGAAUGUGUAAAGACAUCAAACAUCUCAUUUACUACAGAUUUAACACUGGACCAGUUGGGAAAGGUCCAGGAUGUGGAUUCUGGGCACCUGGCUGGAGGGUGUGGCUAUUUUUUCUGCGUGGGGUUGUACCUCUCUUAGAGCGUUGGCUUGGUAACCUCCUAGCUAGGCAGUUUGAAGGCAGACACUCCAAGGGUGUGGCCAAAACAGUAACUAAGCAGAGAGUGGAAAGCCACUUUGAUUUGGAGUUACGAGCAGCUGUCAUGCAUGACAUCCUGGACAUGAUGCCAGAAGGUAUUAAGCAGAACAAGGCCCGAGUCAUUCUGCAGCAUCUGAGUGAAGCUUGGAGAUGCUGGAAAGCCAACAUUCCUUGGAAGGUGCCUGGCCUUCCAACACCAGUUGAGAACAUGAUUUUGCGGUAUGUCAAAGCCAAGGCUGAUUGGUGGACAAACACAGCUCACUACAACAGGGAACGUAUCCGUCGUGGAGCCACAGUUGAUAAAACUGUUUGUAAGAAAAAUCUUGGACGUCUGACAAGACUCUAUCUCAAAGCUGAACAGGAAAGACAGCAUAACUACUUGAAGGAUGGUCCUUACAUCUCUGCUGAGGAAGCAGUUGCAAUCUACACAACUACAGUUCCAUUGGAGAAAAUCACAGAUGCCUACUUAGACCAAUAUUUAUGGUAUGAAGCAGACAAGAGACGUCUGUUUCCUCCAUGGGUCAAACCAGCUGACACUGAACCUCCUCCACUCCUUACGUACAAAUGGUGCCAAGGAAUCAACAACUUGCAAGACGUCUGGGAGACAUCUGAAGGAGAAUGUAAUGUUAUGAUGGAGUCAAACUUUGAAAAGAUGUAUGAGAAGAUUGAUUUGACUUUACUGAAUCGGCUCCUGCGUCUGAUUGUUGAUCACAACAUUGCUGAUUACAUGACAGCAAAGAACAACAUUGUCAUUAAUUACAAGGACAUGAAUCACACAAACUCCUAUGGCAUCAUCCGUGGUCUGCAGUUUGCGUCAUUCAUCGUUCAGUACUAUGGAUUGGUGAUGGAUCUUUUGGUGUUGGGUCUGCAGAGAGCCAGUGAGAUGGCAGGGCCUCCACAGAUGCCAAAUGACUUCUUGACUUUCCAAGAUGUUCAGACAGAGUCACAGCAUCCCAUCAGAUUGUAUUCAAGAUACAUUGACAAAGUGCACAUUUUCUUCAGGUUUACAGCAGAUGAAGCCCGUGAUCUGAUCCAGCGUUACCUGACAGAACACCCUGACCCAAAUAACGAAAACAUCGUGGGCUACAACAACAGGAAAUGCUGGCCAAGGGAUGCACGUAUGAGGCUCAUGAAACACGACGUCAAUCUUGGGCGUGCUGUGUUCUGGGACAUAAAGAACCGCUUGCCAAGAUCUGUGACAACACUCAACUGGGAUGAAAGUUUUGUGUCUGUUUACAGUAAAGACAAUCCAAAUCUGCUGUUUAACAUGUGUGGCUUUGAAUGCCGCAUUCUUCCAAAAUGUCGCACAACAUUUGAGGAAUUCACUCACAGGGAUGGAGUGUGGAACUUGCAAAAUGAGGUCACUAAAGAGCGAACUGCUCAGUGCUUCCUCAAGGUUGACGACGAGUCACAGCAGCGAUUCCACAACAGAGUGCGUCAAAUCUUAAUGGCAUCUGGUUCAACUACGUUUACCAAAAUUGUGAACAAAUGGAACACAGCUUUGAUUGGUUUGAUGACAUAUUACAGGGAGUCAGUUGUCAACACUCAAGAGCUGCUGGAUUUGUUAGUGAAAUGCGAAAACAAGAUCCAAACACGUAUCAAGAUCGGGCUGAAUUCCAAGAUGCCUAGUCGGUUCCCUCCGGUUGUAUUUUACACUCCAAAAGAGCUGGGAGGACUUGGUAUGUUGUCCAUGGGCCAUGUCCUCAUUCCACAGUCAGAUCUCAGGUGGUCACAACAGACCGAUGUAGGAAUUACUCACUUUAGAUCUGGAAUGAGUCAUGAUAAAGAUCAGUUGAUCCCUAACUUGUACAGGUACAUUCAGCCAUGGGAAAGCGAAUUCAUUGAUUCCCAGAGAGUGUGGGCAGAGUACGCGUUAAAACGGCAAGAAGCCAAUGCUCAGAACAGGCGAUUGACCUUGGAAGAUUUAGAGGACUCGUGGGAUCGUGGAAUCCCCCGUAUCAACACACUGUUUCAGAAGGACAGACACACGCUCGCCUAUGACAAGGGAUGGAGAGUGAGAACAGACUUCAAGCAGUACCAGGUUCUUAAACAGAAUCCAUUCUGGUGGACACAUCAGCGUCAUGACGGAAAACUAUGGAACUUGAAUAACUACCGUACAGACAUGAUCCAAGCCCUUGGUGGCGUGGAAGGAAUCCUGGAACACACGCUGUUUAAAGGAACUUACUUCCCCACAUGGGAGGGUCUGUUCUGGGAGAAGGCCAGUGGGUUUGAGGAGUCCAUGAAGUACAAGAAACUGACCAAUGCACAGAGAUCUGGUUUGAAUCAGAUUCCCAACAGAAGAUUCACACUCUGGUGGUCACCGACUAUCAACAGAGCGAACGUUUAUGUUGGUUUCCAGGUGCAACUUGACCUGACAGGAAUAUUUAUGCAUGGCAAGAUUCCAACAUUGAAGAUCUCACUCAUUCAGAUUUUCAGAGCCCAUUUGUGGCAGAAAGUCCACGAGAGUGUGGUAAUGGACUUGUGUCAGGUGUUUGACCAAGAACUAGAUGCUUUGGAGAUUGAGACUGUACAGAAAGAGACCAUUCACCCUCGUAAGUCAUACAAGAUGAACAGUUCGUGUGCUGAUAUCCUGUUGUUUGCCGCAUACAAGUGGAAUGUGUCGAAACCAUCCCUUUUGGCUGACUCAAAUGACAUCAUGGACAGUACUACAACCCAAAAGUACUGGGUCGACGUUCAGCUCCGCUGGGGAGACUACGACUCACAUGACAUCGAGAGAUACGCACGCGCAAAGUACCUGGACUACACCACUGACAACAUGAGUAUCUACCCCUCCCCUACGGGAGUGCUAAUUGGCAUUGACUUGGCUUAUAAUCUGCACAGUGCCUUUGGUAACUGGUUUCCAGGAGUGAAACCGCUUAUCCAACAGGCCAUGGCAAAGAUUAUGAAAGCCAAUCCCGCCUUGUAUGUGCUGAGGGAGAGAAUCAGGAAAGGCCUUCAGUUGUACUCCAGUGAACCUACUGAGCCUUACCUGUCUUCGCAGAACUACGGAGAACUCUUCUCCAACCAGAUCAUCUGGUUUGUGGACGACACUAACGUGUACAGAGUCACGAUUCACAAGACAUUUGAGGGUAACUUGACGACCAAACCCAUCAACGGCGCCAUCUUUAUUUUCAAUCCUCGAACGGGGCAGCUCUUCCUGAAGAUCAUUCAUACCUCUGUGUGGGCGGGACAGAAGCGUCUUGGACAGCUGGCGAAAUGGAAGACAGCAGAAGAAGUAGCGGCCUUGAUUCGUUCGCUUCCAGUAGAAGAACAACCUAAACAGAUCAUUGUCACAAGAAAAGGCAUGCUUGACCCUCUGGAGGUUCAUUUGUUGGAUUUCCCGAACAUUGUUAUCAAAGGCAGUGAGCUGCAGCUUCCUUUCCAAGCUUGUUUGAAGGUUGAGAAGCUUGGUGACAUGAUUCUGAAAGCCACAGAGCCGCAGAUGGUAUUGUUUAAUCUGUACGAUGAUUGGCUGAAGACUAUUUCGUCUUACACAGCGUUCUCCCGUCUGAUCCUCAUUCUCCGAGCCUUGCACGUGAACGCUGACCGCACAAAGGUCAUCCUUAAACCGGACAAAACCACAAUUACUGAACCCCAUCACAUCUGGCCGACACUGACUGACGAGGAGUGGGUGCCAGUUGAGGUUGCUCUGAAAGAUCUUAUCUUAGCUGACUAUGGCAAAAAGAACAAUGUGAACGUAGCUUCCCUGACACAGUCUGAAAUCCGUGAUAUUAUCCUUGGAAUGGAGAUCUCGGCCCCUUCGCAACAGAGGCAGCAGAUCGCUGAAAUCGAGAAGCAGACCAAGGAACAGUCACAACUGACAGCCACUACCACUCGAACCACCAACAUCCAUGGAGAUGAGAUCAUCGUUUCUACGACAUCAAACUACGAGACACAGACGUUCUCGUCUAAGACUGAGUGGCGUGUCAGAGCCAUCUCUGCGACGAAUCUACAUCUGAGAACCAACCACAUUUACGUGUCAUCAGAUGACAUCAAAGAAACUGGCUUUACCUACAUCUUGCCAAAGAAUAUUCUGAAGAAGUUUAUUGUGAUUUCUGACUUAAGGACACAGAUCGCCGGUUACUUGUACGGAGUAAGUCCGCCUGAUAACCCACAGGUAAAAGAGAUCCGGUGUAUUGUGAUGGUACCGCAGUGGGGCACACACCAGACGGUGCACUUACCAAACAUGUUACCACAGCAUGACUAUCUCAAGGAGAUGGAACCCUUAGGGUGGGUUCACACCCAGCCCAAUGAACUUCCACAGCUUUCUCCACAAGAUGUCACAACGCACGCCAAGAUCAUGGCGGACAAUCCGUCUUGGGAUGGCGAGAAAACAGUCAUCAUUACAUGCAGUUUUACCCCAGGAUCGUGUUCACUAACAGCCUACAAACUGACCCCUUCGGGUUACGACUGGGGGCGGAACAACAAGGACACAGGGAACAAUCCCAGGGGUUACCUUCCGUCUCACUACGAGAAAGUACAGAUGCUGUUGUCAGAUCGCUUCCUUGGUUUCUUCAUGGUACCUACUCAGGGAUCCUGGAACUUCAAUUUUAUGGGCGUUCGUCACUCCCCAAACAUGCGUUAUGAGUUGCAGUUGUCCAACCCCAAAGAGUUCUACCAUGAGGUCCACCGGCCAUCACACUUCCUCAACUUCAGCACCAUGGAGGAUGUAGAAGUUAUUGGGGCUGAUAGAGAUGACAUGUUUUCUUAGCUUGUAUCUCUACUGCCUGUUGAAGAAGGGGCUUAGUUAUAAGUUAACACGAAUGGACUAUUUACUUUGGAAAGUCAUGGUUUCAUGGCGUCUUCCAAAGGAGUGAAAUUUUUUUGAAUGCUCCCGUUAAGUGUCCUAUAACCCAAAAUUCUUGUAAUAGAUAUUUUCCACGCCUUAGAUGGUCAGGACAUGCGUUGAAAUGUAGGCUUUCUCUGAGCAGAUAAAGUAAUUUAUUCCUUGUGAAAAAGUUCUGGAUAAGUAGUCAGACUAUCUGAGAAAUAAGAGUUUUGUUUCUUUUUCUUAGUGCUUGGUUACCGUGACACUUUCUAGUUUUUUAGCCCGUGUUCUUGUAUAUACUUUAAGUCAAAGUACGUCUUAACAGUGACUUUGAGUUGUCGUAACAUAAAUUUUCUACUAUCAUGUAGAGAAACCUCCGUCAUCGUUUCGUUUGUAGCGAAUCAAAUAAAAAUUUCCUUACACUUUU